AUGCUGCUGCUGCCUCCAAUUCGUCCCCCCGGCUGGAAUGCAUGUCGCCUCUGGCACUUGGUUCAGGCUAGACAUUCCUCGUCCAAGCGCUGGCAGGCUCGCCAGCAGCAGGAUCGCUUUACGAAAGAGGCCGCAGUGCAAGGUCUGAAAAGUCGCGCUGCAUUCAAACUGCUGCAGGACCUCUGCCAUGCUGCUUUACGCUUCAGCUCGGAUGUCCUGAGGACGGGCGGGCAUUUUGUCUGCAAGUUUUAUCAAGGGGCGGAGGACAAGGAGUUGGAGAAGCAGCUGCGAGAACUGUUCCGAAGGGUCCAUCGGCUCAAGCCCGAGUCCUCUCGCAGUGUAUGUGCCCUGCUUGCUCUAUUCCUGCGGAUGAUCAUGGGCUAA